CACCCGCCCACACGGGCGAUACAUACUUUAUAUAUACCGUAUCAUAUAUCACACGACUAAGUGGAGAGCUUACGCAGGCCCGCUCGAGCGUCCUAAAAAUUUCUACUCAUGCACCUACAACGAGCAUACGAGUACACUCGAGGCGAAUAUCAAGUUCGAGAGCUUUUUUUCUGAUUUUUCUUUUUUUUUUCUUUUAAAUUUUUUCGUAUCCAUUUGUCGGAGCGGAAACUCAUAACUGUCGAGUGACAAGUGCACGAGCGGCGCGCACGUUGAGGCCGCGGUGUCGUUGUAACGCGCGUGCACGGCACGCAAUAAUCGAAAAAGCAAAAGUGUGCGAGCCUCGUGUGCCGAGUGCGGUGUGCAGUGCUGCGUGCGGACUCUCGCGUGUGCGCCUUCAUACAGAGAGCUCCUUUGUACGUGUCGUCCGUCAAGAGAGAGAGAGAGAGCGAGAGCGAGAGAGCAUCGCUCGUGGAAAAUUGUAUAUCAUGAAAUUGUGCGAGAGCCGCGCACCGCUACUGCCUAUUGGCUCCUACUACUCGCCACACACUUUAUACGUGCCGUAUAAUAAAGGGUAGUGCAGCCCGAAGGUGCAGCAGUAGAGUAGCAGUACGGGCUCGUUUGUUUACAAACGGACACGCGGACGCUGGCCGAGCUGGCCGGACUGCAGAAGCCUGCGGAGUGACAUACACAUUGCAUAUAGAGCAUUGCAGCAGCAGCAGCAGCAGCAGCAGCAGCUAUAGAUGCAGCGUUAUUAGAGUGCACGGCUAGAGGCUGCGCUGCGUCGAUGACCCGUCGUGGCGCGAGAACAAGAGGAAAAAACACUGUGCUCUUGGUGAUUCGUGUCGUGUGCGUUUCCGUUGUUUUUGUUUUUCUCUCGUUCUCUCGUCUGCUCUGCCAUCCUGGACAAGCGUAAGUGCGGGAGUCAUGCCGAUUAGGCUGCCGGAGCAGCAUCCACAUCAUCCUCGUCGGCAAGAUCAGCAUAAACACGAUGAACGAAAAAGACCCACAUCAUCAACAUCGUCAUUAUCAUCAUCGAGCAGACAUCCCGCAGACGACAGCUCUACCCUAGCCCUUGCACUUGCCCUAUUUAGAGGCACCAGCACCGGAGAUGCCUUCGUCGUUACGGGGCGGUGGAAAAAGCGGCAACAACAAACAUGGGGAACAACAAAAAAGCAAAAAAGGUGGAAGUGGCGGCGGCAGCGGCAACAACGACUCGCUGCCGCCGUUGCGGCCGUUCACACCGUCGGAUCUGUCCUCGAUACCGCACAUGGACGAGGCCACGCUACAGCCACUGGGCGAACGAGGCGGCCCGUCUGCCCUGCGAGAAGACGGCGGCGGCGGCGGUGGUGGUGGUGGCGCUGGCACAGGUGAUACGGCCCAGGACGGCGGCCCUUACAUCCUCGGUAGUCCCAUCGAUCUCGGGGCCAUCGACAACGUCGACAGCAUAAAUCUGAGGCUCGGCUCGGCUCGUCAGCAGCACAUCGAACUGCAGGAAACCGCCAGAUCGCCGAGGACCAGAUUUUCCGGAACCGGACGAGCGACGCGAAAUGCGGCUGGCGACAACGGCAGCACGGGCUCGCAAGCCGGUUCGGCCGAGGGUUCGGGCGGUGCCGGUGGCGGCGGCGGAGGUGGCGACCAGGACGAGCGCGUGGUCUUCGUCAAUGCCCCGACCCAGCCGGCCACCUAUCGCAACAAUCACAUAUCGACGGCCAAGUACUCACUGCUCACCUUCAUACCGUCCUUUCUGUUCGAGCAGUUUCGUCGCUACAGUAAUUGUUUCUUCCUCUUCAUUGCUCUGAUGCAGCAAAUACCUGACGUUUCUCCAACUGGUCGAUUCACAACACUCGUUCCGCUCAUAUUCAUCCUCAGUGUGUCAGCUAUCAAAGAAUUCAUCGAAGACUUUAAGCGACAUCGAGCCGACGACGAGAUCAACAUGCGCGAGGUGGAGGUGCUGCGCGACGGCGCCUGGCAAUGGAUCAAGUGGAAGAACGUGGCUGUCGGCGACGUCGUCAAGGUGCACAACAACACGUUCUUCCCGGCCGAUCUCAUCCUCCUCUCGUCGUCCGAGCCCAACUCCAUGUCGUUCAUCGAGACGGCCAAUCUCGACGGCGAGACGAAUCUGAAGAUACGCCAGGCGCAUCCGGAGACGACGAGCCUGCUCGACACCUCGGAGCUCAUGAGCUUCCGCGCCAACAUACAGUGCGAGGCGCCGAAUCGACACCUCUACGAGUUCAAUGGCAUACUGCGCGAGACCAACAAACCGAGCGUAGCGUUGGGUCCGGAUCAGCUGUUGCUCCGCGGAGCCAUGUUGCGCAACACCCGAUGGGUAUUUGGCGUGGUGAUCUACACGGGCCACGACACGAAACUCAUGCAGAAUAACACAACUGGCGCACCCCUGAAACGCUCGACCCUCGAUCGUCUGAUCAAUACUCAAAUUCUCAUGUUGUUUUUCAUUCUCAUGCUGCUCUGUCUUUUGUCAGCUAUUCUCAAUAUUGUUUGGAUCAAUGACCACAAAGGACUCUGGUAUCUUGGCGUGUAUGAGGCAAAAACGAAAAACUUCGCCUUCAAUCUCCUGACGUUCAUGAUUUUGUUCAACAAUCUCAUACCCAUCUCUCUCCAAGUGACCCUCGAAGUGGUGCGCUUCUUCCAAGCGAGCUUCAUCAACAUGGACGUGGAGAUGUAUCACGCCGAGACUGACACACCUGCCAUGGCUCGCACGAGCAAUCUCAAUGAGGAGCUCGGCAUGGUCAGCUACAUAUUCACCGACAAAACCGGUACCUUGACGCGCAACGUCAUGGAGUACAAGCGAUGCUCGAUCGCUGGAAAACUCUACGACUUACCCGCACCGACCUUGGCCAACGGUACGUCGGCAACCGGACCCGAGUACGAUUGCGAAUUAGUGCAAGAUAUACUGCAAGGACGAGCGAAGAAUACCUCCAACGUGCGUAAGAUUCAAAAUUCUGAGAUACUGAACGAGUUUAUGGUGAUGCUGUCUGUGUGCCAUACCGUCAUACCGGAGAAGCUCGAGGACGGAAAUAUAAUCUACCACGCGGCGUCACCGGACGAACGAGCCCUCGUCGAUGGUGCCAAGAAAUUCGGCUACGUAUUUGAUACAAGAACGCCGAACUUUGUGGAAAUCGAGGCUCUGGGUGAGCGCGAGCGCUACGAGGUCCUCAACGUCAUCGAGUUCACAUCGCUGCGUAAACGCAUGUCCAUCGUGGUGCGCACGCCCAGCGGCAAGAUCAAGAUAUUCUGCAAAGGAGCCGAUUCUGUGAUAUACGAGCGUUUGGCGAGUCGUCCCGACAACGAGGACAUCACCUCGGUCACGUCGAUCAGCGACGAUUUCCGCGAGGUAACCCUGCAGCAUCUCGAGUCGUUCGCCAGCGAGGGACUUCGUACAUUAUGCUUCGCCUCGGCCGACGUGCCCGAGAGCAAAUACGAGUGGUGGAAGGAGAUCUAUCAAAAGGCGGCAACCAACUUGACCGACAAGGAGAAGCAUUUGGAAGAGGCUGCCAAUCUCAUAGAGACGCAAUUGACGCUGCUGGGUGCUACGGCGAUCGAGGAUCAAUUGCAGGACCAAGUGCCCGAGACGAUCGAAGCGCUCAUACAGGCUGACAUUAAUGUUUGGGUACUGACUGGGGACAAGCAGGAAACCGCCAUAAAUAUAGGCUACUCUUGCAGACUGAUAACUCAAACUAUGCCUCUGAUCGUUGUUAACGAAGGCUCGUUAGAUAAAACUCGAGAAGUAAUUAUGCAGCACUGUGUGGAUUUCGGACAAGAUUUACGCAGUCAAAACGAUGUUGGGCUCGUGAUCGACGGCAACAGCCUUAAAUACGCUCUUAGCUGCGAUCUGCGCCGCGACUUUCUCGAUCUCUGUAUGUCUUGCAAAGCCGUCAUCUGUUGUCGAGUUUCUCCCAUGCAGAAAGCCGAGGUCGUCGAUCUCGUGACGAGCAACAGCAACGCCGUCACGCUGGCAAUCGGCGACGGCGCCAACGAUGUGGCCAUGAUACAGAAAGCCCACAUCGGCGUCGGUAUAUCGGGCGUCGAGGGACUACAAGCCGCCUGCGCCUCGGACUACUCGAUCGCCCAAUUUCGAUUUCUUAAAAGACUACUGUUCGUUCACGGCAGCUGGAAUUACAGUCGUAUGUGUAAGCUGAUUUUGUAUUCGUUUUAUAAGAAUAUCUGCCUGUACGUGAUCGAGCUGUGGUUCGCCAUGUACUCCGGCUGGUCUGGACAAAUUUUGUUUGAGCGUUGGUCCAUUGGUUUGUACAAUGUGUUAUUUACGGCAGCGCCACCCUUGGCCAUUGGUCUGUUCGACAAAGUCUGCUCAGCCGAUACGCAUUUAGCACAUCCUAGUUUAUACGCUUCAAAAAAUGCCGUCGAAUCGUCAUUUAAUAUAAAAGUUUUCUGGGUUUGGAUAUUUAACGCGUUACUCCAUUCGGCCUUGCUUUAUUGGUUGUCUUUGUUCGCGCUCGAACAGGAUGUAAUCUGGAGCAACGGACGAGACGGUGGUUAUCUUGUUUUAGGAAAUAUUGUUUAUACUUACGUAGUCGUAACAGUGUGCGGAAAAGCUGGACUUAUAACAAAUUCCUGGACAUGGGUUACGCACUUGGCCAUUUGGGGUUCGAUAACAUUAUGGUUCCUGUUUAUUCUUAUCUAUAGCAACUUCUGGCCUGUUUUGAACGUCGGUGCAGUGAUGCUUGGAAAUGAUCGUAUGUUAUUCUCAUCGCCAGUGUUCUGGUUAGGUCUAGUACUAAUUCCAGCAGCUGUUCUUUUAAUCGACGUUACAUUCAAAGCGAUAAAAAAUACGAUAUGGAAAUCGCUGACUGAGGCAGCGCGCGAGCAAGAAAUUCGUAAAUCGGAUCCAGGAGAUAUAUUCCAUACCCAAGACUACAGGAGCUCAAAUUAUUCGUUAAGACGGAGAUUACCAUCAAGACUACGUUUCUGGUUCAAUCGGUCAAGAUCGCGUCUACGAAUAAUAUCGGCGCCUCAAUUACGGCACACUCUUUAUUACAUACCGGAGCACCUGCACGAUAGGUGACGUUUACUUUUGUUGCACACCAAAACUUAGGUGAUUUUUUUCUCAUUUUUAAAUUAUUAAAUUUUAUAUAACGAAUUGAAAAGGAAAUAAGUUGAAAAAAAUCUCACAGACGAUAAGUAUACGCUCGGUACAUUGGAGUUCAUAACUGCGAAUCGACGUCUUCCAAUUUGUUAUGCACUUCGACGAGUUUUAAAUGCGAUUCGAUGUAUCAUUUUGCUAUGCACACGAAGUCGAGAAAAUGAGAAAGAGUGCGAGGAUAGAAACUAAUUAAUUAUAAGGCAGAUGACGCCAUUGCAGCCAUCGAUUGCUACGGAUUUCCAUUUCUUGAAGUAUUAUGUUUUACAUUUCAUCUGUCCUAGUUUGUAAAUUUUGUUUUUUUCAUUUUAUUUACUCUUUUUUUCUAUUUACUAAUUCUUAUAUGAUCAAUAUUUUUUGAAAUGAAAAUAUCUGCUAGAUUUUAUACUUAGUAGGUAUAAGUGUUUAUCAUUUUAGUAGAAACGGUCUUUUAUUUUCAAAUAGUGAUUAUUAUUUUUGUUUUUUACUACUUGUUCGUAUCUGUUGACUACUUUUCAAUGCCAGUUUCAGCAUGGAACUAAAAAUAAAUAACUAUAUUUUUCCGCGCCUAUUUACAUCUUAUUGUAUUCUCGUGCUAAUGAAUAUGAAAAUUUUUUGCAUUUGAGAAUGAUCCAAUUAAUAAUUUAGGUUAGCGCAUUGAUUUACAAAGAUCGUAAAAUGCAAAAAACUCUCAUUACGUACAUACUUCCACAUUUUCAUUGUGUACAUCCCCGAUCACUAUGUUUAUUUUUUACUCAAAACUUGAGUCUUUAGGAAAUUUAUUACAUCCCAUAAUUGUCAUAUACGAAUUACUUGUUAUACUUUCUCUUUUCUAUAGACAAAAAUUAAAUAGCCUUUUUUAAAUUGAAACUAUCUCUUUUUACUUCUUUAUGUUUACUGUUAAUUUUUUCUCGUUCAGAUCCGUGCAUGCCAUCGCCGAUAUCGCGAGGUGUAAGUACCUUCCCCUUAUUCUGGACAUAUAUUAUAACAUAUCUGUCUUGUUUUUUUACACA